ACUCAACCAGUAGCAAUGAGGCACCGGUCGGAUCCAGCCAAUGGGACGUGUGGGGGGGGCAUGAACGUCGCGAGGAGCCGCCCUGUGGAGAAAGGGCCCGAAAGGCGUCGGCGGCACAAAAUGGCGGCGGCGGCGGCGGCGGCUCCCGGAGCCCCGGGGUCGGCAGUGCCCACGGCGGCGGCCGGCGCCCCCAGCUCGGGGGCCGCCACGCCUGGGUCGCAGGGGGUGCUGAUCGGGGACAAACUGUAUUCAGGGGUGCUCAUCACCCUUGAGAACUGCCUGCUGCCCGACGACAAACUGCGCUUCACACCGUCCAUGUCGAGCGGCCUGGACACCGACACCGAGACCGGCCUUCGCGUGGUGGGCUGCGAACUCAUUCAGGCGGCCGGCAUCCUGCUGCGCCUGCCGCAGGUGGCCAUGGCUACGGGACAGGUGCUGUUCCAGCGGUUCUUUUAUACGAAGUCUUUCGUGAAGCAUUCCAUGGAGCAUGUAUCCAUGGCUUGUGUGCACUUGGCUUCCAAAAUAGAAGAAGCUCCAAGAAGAAUCCGGGAUGUCAUCAAUGUAUUUCAUCGCCUUCGACAUCUGAGAGAGAAAAAGAAACCUGUGCCUCUGCUAUUGGACCAAGAUUAUGUUAACUUAAAGAACCAAAUCAUCAAGGCAGAAAGACGCGUUCUAAAGGAGCUAGGCUUCUGUGUCCAUGUGAAGCACCCUCACAAGAUAAUCGUUAUGUACCUUCAGGUGUUAGAGUGUGAGCGUAACCAACACCUGGUCCAGACUGCAUGGAACUACAUGAAUGACAGCCUCCGCACAGAUGUCUUCGUGCGGUUCCAGCCUGAGAGCAUUGCCUGUGCCUGCAUCUACCUCGCCGCCCGGACGCUGGAGAUCCCUUUGCCUAAUCGUCCCCAUUGGUUUCUUUUGUUUGGAGCAACUGAAGAAGAAAUUCAAGAAAUUUGUUUAAAAAUCCUGCAGCUUUAUACACGGAAAAAGGUGGAUCUGACGUACCUGGAGAGUGAGGUGGAGAAGAGAAAACAUGCUCUGGAGGAGGCCAAGGCACAAGCCCGGGGCCUGCUGCCUGGGGCACCAGUGCUGGACAGCAGUGCUGGGUUCUCCCCUGCCCCCAGGCUGGAGUCUCCCAAAGGAGGCAAAGGAAACAAGCCUUCCCCACUUCCUAUGAAGAGUGCCAAGAGGAGAGCAGAGGGUGUGAAGAAAGCCAAAGCUGACAGCCCCGUGAAUGGUUUGCCAAGGGCACAUGAGAGUGAGAGCCAGUGCCGGGAGCAGAGCUGCUCGAGGUCCCCAUCAAGGUCCACAUCUCCCAAGAGGAGGUGUGCCAUCCUUCCUCACAGGAAAAGUGACAGCGGCUCUACAUCCGGGGGGUCCAAAUCGCAAAGCCGCUCACGCAGCCGAAGUGACUCGCCACCCAGACAGGCACACCGAGGUGCCCCCUACAAAGGCUCUGAGGUGAGGGGCUCCCGGAAGCCCAAGGAUUGCAAGUAUCCCACUCAGAAGCCACACACGUCUCGGAGCCGCAGCUCAUCCCGCUCUCGAAGCCGGUCACGAGAGCGGGUGGAUCAUUCUGGAAAAUACAAGAAGAAAAGUCAUUACUAUAGAGAUCAGCGGCGGGAGCGCUCAAGGUCCUAUGAGCGCGGUGGUCAUCGCUAUGAGCGGGACCACCCCGCACAUAGCAGACAUCGGCGGUGAAGGGGGCUUCAGAGACUGCUGGCCUCAAGCCCUUCCUGAGGGUACCUGGGGCUGCCUGUGGACCCUCCCCAUGGGGUACCUUAGCCCCAGCAGUCCUGGCCCUGCUUGAGUCUUCAGAAAUGAUUUUUUUGACUCUGGAACUUGAGGUGAAUUUGGAAAAGGAAUUGAGGUGCCUUUUGGGCCAACAUGGGGUGUGGUGCAGCUUCAGCCCCUCGAACAACUCGAUGGAAAGUGCAGACCUGCAUUCCUGUUGGUGUAGCUUGGUGCUAUGGACAAGCUCUUUCCUCUUCCAUGCUUAAUUACGUUCAGUCAAGAAAGAUGAUUUUUAGCUGGGCAUGGUAGCACAUGCCUGUGAUCCCAGCACUAGGGAGGCUGAGACAGGAGGAUUGCUGUGAGUUUGAGGCCAGCCUGGGCCACAAAGUGAGUAGGCCAGCCUGAACUGCAUAGCGAGACCCUGUCUCAAAAAGAAAAAAAAAAAUACGAUUUUUAGAACCUUUGCCUAUAUUAGGUUGUACUUAUGUAAAUAUUUUGCAGUGUUUCACAAUGAGAAAUCAGCCUUAAUAGUCCCUUAUUCUCUAUCCACAUGUAGAUAAACAUGUUUAAUACAAGUGAAAACUAUAUAUAUGAAAACUGAGAACUUGAAUUCUGCCAGCUUAAAACUUGUAUAGAGAAUUCAGAUUUUUAAAAUGUGAAGGUAUUUAGGUCUGUGUUGAAGUGGUAUAUUUUUAUCUGUGCAACGCUGAGUGCGGGCCACCAGCUCCUAAAGAGGUUUCCUAUAUGCAUUUUAUGUGGUUGAAUAAACACAGUUCUGCCUUCUCAGGACACUUGGGACACCA